UUUCUCACGUUUUAAAUUUCAAAGCCGAAUAGUCCAUGAGGCAUAAACGAAAAUGACACGUCAAGUCUCGUAAUCAGGAAAGAUUGGAAUGCUAUUCUUUUAUGUUCAAGUUCGUUUGUACCCGCGGUGAAAAGUCCGCACACCUGCACACAAUCUAUCAAUUGAUUGUGUGACUCUAUUCACAAGCAUCGUUAUCUCUCGAGAUUUCUUGCUCCUGACAAUAAAUCUGCACAUUUCUUAUUCCAUAUUUCUCAAGACAUGCGAGUCUCGUUUCGGCUGUGAUCGCAAAAUGACCACGGACGACGAUUUGGCAAAGACUAAGGGUCUCAUCAGGGACCCCAUGGCGGUGACCUGGACCGAGCAAUACAGCGAAACCAUUGACAAGUAUUGGAACAAACUUCCAAAAUUCGUCAGCUCGACCCUCGCCACCAUGGCCGUAUUUUUAAUGGGAAUCACAGUCAACGGGGAAUGGGUUCUGAUGCUGGUCCACUUUAUUCGGUCACUGACGCUGGACGAGAAUGAGAUGCUCGGCGAAAACCAAUCUGGUGUCAACGCAACCCUCGGCAUCAGGAUGCCAAAACUCGAGUUUAAGAUGGAUGGAUUUCUUCCCAUCUGGCUGGGCUCGGCCGCCGUCUCCUAUAUCAUGUACUUUGGCAUUGGUGGAUUUUUGCACUGGUACUUCUACGUGAGACAACGCAACAAGGCGCACGAGUGGAAAUGCCAGCCAAACACGUGGCUUCCUGCCGACCUGGAGAGGCACGAAAUUUACCUUGGCUCCUUCUGCCUGUUCCUGGGCUCGACCCUGUCGGCCUUCUUCGCGACGCACAUCAUGAACGGUGGCUGGUCGAUGGUUUACUACAGAUUCUCUGACUACCCUUGGUACUGGACCAUUCUGCAGUGGCCAGUGAUCUUUAUUUACCAGGAUUACUUGACCUACUGGCACCACCGAAUCUACCACACGCCUUUCCUGUACAAAAACUUCCACAAACUGCAUCACAAGUACAAACAGCCGACUGCGUUCUCCGUCACAGCUAUUCAUCCAGUUGAAUUUGUGCACAUGCAGCUCAUGCUCUCCUCGCCCAUGUUCUUGUUUCCGAUUCAUUGGAUUCCUUACUCGGUGAUCGCCAUGUACACCUACUACCACGGAAUAAUUGACCACUCGGGCAUCAACUUCAAAGCCUACUGGUGGCAGCCGUGGCAGCCGGACGCGAUUUUCCACGACAACCACCACCAGUAUUUCCACGUCAACUUCUCGUUCAACUGCUCGCUUUGGGACAAGAUCCACGGAACGUACCGCCGCAAGGACAGGAUUUACCACGAAGACAUUUACUACGGCCGCGGUAAAGACAUUCGAGAAGCGUCGGUGCAAGAGGUGACCGAAGAUUUGCACCAGCGGACCACAGAAAAUCCGUUGGCGUUCAGGGGGAACAAGAGGGAGUUCGACUUGAGCGAGGAUGACGUCGCCAAGCUCAAGGUGCAUUGAAAUAUUCAGCUGGAUGAAAAUAAUAAAUAAGUGUUUGAGUGCAUCGAAAUGUGUAAAUGAUUGUGCCAAUAUUUUGUGAUGUUAUUUAAAUUUUGUGCAUUCAAUGAAUAAAAUAGUGUUACAAACAGA